AUGGGAGUGUUUCUUACUCUACUCAUCGUUUUACUCGUCACAGCUCUCAUACUUUAUUAUCUCCGUCCUAAACCAUACGACCCGAAACUCAAUGGAUGUUACAUCGGAGAAGCCAAGCCCGGUGAGACUCGCGUGCUCCGUGGAUGUUUUGGAGUGGAGAAGUUAGUUGAUUACAAUGUCCAGCACAACGAAACCAUAGCGGAUGUUGUUGACAAUAUGACCAAGAAGCCCACAAACAAGCUUAUUGGGUACCGCAAGUUGAUUAAAGAAGUCCCGUAUAAGACUUAUAAUACCACCGUUAACGGCAAAGAAGUCAAAAAAACACUUUAUAAGUAUCAAAUGUCGGAUUACAUCUAUUUCUCUUCUGAGGAGUUUCAGAGUUUAGUCAACGCCGUGUCGACUGCGAUAGCGAACGAAGGCUUUGUGAAGGGGGAUAAAAUAGCGCUGUUCUGUGAGACUCGAUAUGAAUGGAUGGCUUUCUUGUUAGCUGCGUGUCGACAAGGGAUAGUCAUAGUGACCGUUUACUCGACUUUGUCGGACGACUCAGUCACCAUUUCAUUACAAGAGACUGAAGUGAAGGGUCUAGUGGUCUCUGCCGAAACCAUUAAACGAAUUGGAGAUGUUAAACUGGACAAAACAGUUACAGUCAUUUCUGUGGAUGACUUCGAACAGAAGCCGACGAAUGUGGAGAACAAGAUGGUGUUCUUCUCUGAAUUGAGAAAGACAGAAGCUCAGAAGACAUUCACUCCAGUGAGUCCAACGGACUUGGCUAUCAUUAUGUAUACCUCUGGGACAUCUAAAGAACCCAAGGGGAUAUUAGUCCAACAGAAACAAAUAUUAAUGUUGGGCUAUGGAUAUCAUAACAACAUCUUCUUCGAUCAAGACGUGUUAAUAGCGUAUUUACCCCUUGCCCAUAUAUUCGAAUUGUGCAUUGAAUUUGCUGUGAUGAUGCACUCGGGGACUGUUGGAUACGCGUCGCCAAGGACUUUGAUAGGAAGCGGCGUAGUUGACUGUCAGUCGGAUUUGUGUGCGCUCGAACCAACUAUUUUACUCGGCGUGCCAACGGUCUUUAAUAGAGUGCAAAAGGCCAUAUUGGAUACGGUGAUGCAUUCACCAGUCCUCAAGAAGAGUAUCUUCUUCUUCAGUUUUGGGUUAAAGGAGAAGUUGUACAUCAAUUACAAUUACUUGAGCCCUUACCUCUUCUGGCCGAUCAUCAAGGUGCUUGAUCUAGUGGUCUUCCAAAACUUGAAACACUCUUUGUUUGGGAAACGACUGACAAGCAUUGUUAUUGGCGGUUCUGCCCUUCCCGUCACAUUACAAAGAUUUUUAAAGACCGUUUUGCCAAACACUGAUGUGAUGCAAGGGUUUGGUAUGACGGAAGUGUGCGGAGCAGUGAGUGUGAUGCCGCAUGGUGAUGCGACCACUUCGACUAUUGGUGUGUUGUUUCCGAUGUACGAAGCGAAGUUACGCGAUGUCCCUGAGUUGAAUUAUUUCACAAAUACAGUGCCACCAAAGGGAGAGUUAAUGAUCCGAGGGCUUCCCGUCUCUAAAGGGUAUUAUAAGAGGCCGGAAGAGGACAAAGAGAGUUUUACACAAGACGGGUGGUUGUGCACUGGAGACAUUGCACUUAUCACCGACACCAAUCACAUAUGUAUUAUCGAUAGAAAGAAAAACAUAGUCAAACAACCGAGUGGCGAGUACGUCUCAUUGGAGUUCAUCGAGUCGAAAUACGUUGUCCAUCCAAUAGUUGAUACCAUCUGUGUCUUUGCUGACAAUUUCCACGACUUUGUUGUAGCGCUUGUAGUGUUAAAUAAAAAGGAGACGGAGGAAGUUACACAGAAGACAAUAGACGCAGUGAUCCAAGACAGAAGUGAGUGCGACAAAAUCAAACACCUGAUUGAAAAGGACGUGAGUAAGUGUGGACUCAAUGAGAGACAAAAGGUGAAGCACUUUAAGUUCAUAGAUGAUGAGUGGACGCCAGAGAAUGGGAUGUUAACUGCUGCGUUAAAAAUGAAGAGGAGUGCGAUAGAAAAGAGGUACAAAACGGAGAUAGACACUAUGUUUAAUCUUAAUUAA